AUGUACUUCAGCAGGCUUGCUCUCGCCACGGCCUCGCUGGCCACCGUGGCCCUCGUGAGCGCCGACUUCAUCCUCAACAGCGACGACAUCCCCACGCAGUGCCAAAACGUGUGCGACCCCGUCCGCGAGCUGGGCGACAUCUGCGACAUUGACGACGGCCCCCUGGACGACCUCACCGAGGACCUCAUCGAGGCGCAGUGCUACUGCGCCAACGAGAGCUUCAACGUCAACCGCAUCACGGCCCAGUGCGCCAGCUGCUUGCACGAGUUCCGCGAUGCCCAGAAUAACCGAGACGACAUCAACGACAUUAUGCAAAGCUGCGGCUUCUCCAGCACCACCUACAACGAGGCCGAUGUGGCCACCGUCUCCGGCGUUGUCGUGCAGGCUACCCGCCCUACAGGCGCUGACCAGCUGACUACUACGAUUACCGCGGCCCAGAAUACGCCCACGGGCGACGGUGGUCGUGAUGGGGAUCGCGAUGGUGGCCGUGAUGGAGAUCGCGACGAUGGUCGUGAUGGGGAUCGUGAUAGGGAUCGUGAUGGGGAUGGCCACAGAGGCGCUGCCCCGGGUUUCGCGCCCGUUGGCUUUGGCUUUGGCUCCCUGGGCGUGACGAUCUAUGUUGGCGUUGCUGCCAUUGCUGGCGCUAUGCUCCUCCAGUAA